UUGACAACUCAAUGUUGACGUGUGAUUGAUUUGUUGAUAACACAGGUCAUUGUAUUUACAUGUAUUAUAAUUAGUAAAAUUCUCAAGUAGGUACACGUAAUUUAAUAAAUUUUGGGAAACAUAUUUUUAUACGUAAAGUUAUUUGUGGUACGUGGUGCAUACGCUGUUCUUAAUUAUGUCAUCGACACACAUCUUCAACGUAGAGAUGACGUGUGAGGGGUGCUCCGGCGCGGUGGAGCGGGUCCUCAACCGGCUCAAGGGGCAAGGCGUGGACAGCGUCAAUAUCAGCCUGCCGGAGCAGAAGGUCUCUGUCACCUCCACACUUAGUGCGGACCAGCUACUAGAUGUUAUAAAGAAAACCGGAAAGAAAACCACUUAUGUUGGCACAGAAUAAACGUGACUUGUUUUAUACUGUUGGAAUUUAUAAAAAUGUGCUUUCUCUGUGAAAGGUGUACACAAAACUAUCAAAUAAAGAAAAAUAAUGAUUAUGAAAUUAGUUGCAAAAUUAAAACAAUCUUCCAGUACAAUUGUAGAAAGUAUUUUUAUCGAAUUUAAAUUAUGGCUUGUUUUGCCUGGCAUUUUUCAAAUUUUUACUUGUGAACAUUCAAAUGUGAUCAAUCAUUUAGCAAUUAUAAUAAUUACUAUAUUAUGUACAUACAGAAUUUUUAAUAAAAAUGUUUUUUCAAUCAUAAAA